AUGAAUAUCCUAGUGCUGUUCUAUAUCGUAUUCCUGUCUAGACUUUGUAGCUCGGCGGAUUCUCGAGAUGGCGGAAAUAACGGAUCGACCGGGACUUUAGUAUCCAAACUUGACGGUUCUAAGUACAAUGUAUCGGCAUCCAAUAGUAAUGGUGUUCCUGUUUUACAAUGUAAACCAAGGUCUGGCGUUCUAGCUAAUGAACUCAAGUACGGAGGUGAGACUAUAUGGGAUGGAAAGGGCAAAGUACAAGUUUUACUGGCCCUAAUAUACUUUAAAGGAGAUAAACCAGAAGUAGUAACAUUGCAGUGUAAGGAAAAUGACAAGAAUCCAACGCUCUUCCUUCACAAGGAUGGUAGCAAGUGGGUAGAUUGUAAGGAAGAACAUGAAAGGAAACUCAAGGGACUGCAGAAUGCUGCGAAAUCUGAAGAAUCUGAUGAAGAGGAGGACGCUACUAACGAUGGACAAGACGAUGUGCCAGCGUAUACAGCUGAGGAGAUAGAGGAAUUCAAAAAGCAUUUGAUUAAGCUUGCUUCAAAAGUCGAUAAGACUGUAGUCAAGGUAGAUGGUGUAACGGAAGAUAACCUCUUUGCUCUAAAACUUACUCCUAAAGAUGAAAAAGCAGUAACUAAAGUAAAGUAUGAUGAUAAGGAGGUAUGGUCCGGCGGUGGGCUCUUUAGUAAAUCAAAUUUAGUGGAGGCUAUAAUAUAUUUUUAUAAGGAGAUUCCAGCAUUAGUUAAUAUUAAGGUAGUCAAAGGAGGUAAAGAAUCCACGGUUUAUAGAUACUAUGACGCUCGUGGGUUUUGGUGUGAUUCCGAAGAGGAGCAAUUCAACAACUUCUUGGAGGGUACUAAAAAACAGGUAGAGAAGCUUAAAGCUAAAGAAGCUGAGAAAGCUGCUAAACAGGAACCUAAUACUCUUGAUAUUGCCAAUCCAGAUUCUCAACCUUCGAAUGAACAAGAGGAUGUUAAGGACGUUAGUAAAUCAUCAGCCAAACCUACUCCAGAAGAGCCCAAGAAAGAGCAAGACGAAGAAGAUGAAGUUAAAGAGGAAGAGGCUGAAGAACCAGAUCAACCUUCACAAGAACAGCCACCAGCUAAGCCUGUAACUCUGAGUGAACGUGCCAAAAAGGUUGAUGCAAAGUUGUUUGAUGUGAGAGAAUCUAGCUCUAAUGGCGUAUUCUAUUUGACCUGUACACCAAAGGAUAAGAAGAAUCCUACAAAGCUUGUUUAUGGAAGUGAGACCAUAUGGAGCGGAAACAAAAGCGUACUGUUCUUAUCGGCUUUAAUCUAUUUUAAAGGAGAUCAACCAUAUAUUGUAACAUUGAGCAAGAAAGAAAAUGGAAAGGAAGAUAUUCUUUUCCUCCAUUAUGACGGUAAAAAGUGGGUAGAGAAUAAGACUAUACAUGCAACAAAGCUCAAUGAACUGAGAGAUGCCUCUAAACCGGAAGAUGUUCCAGAAGCAGCCAAGAAGAAACAGGAUGUUACACCUUCUCAGAAAGCUCCAGUACAGACAAAUACACAGCCAGCUGAGCAUACCACCAAGGGUAAUGCCAAUAAAGAGCAAGAUGGUAAGCAAGUUCAAGCGAAAGAGCAGACUACUGUUCAGCCACAAAAUCCUCUUGAAACUACUGAACAAGAAUCUAUUAAAUCUGAACUUACAAGUCCCUUCCUGGACAAGGUAGACACAUCCCUAUUUGAUAUCGAGGAGGCAGAGGAAGAUACUGUCAAGGUUCUAAAGCUAAAGGAAAAGGAUGGUGUUAAGGCCACUGAGGUAAACUACGAUGGGCAAAGGAUAUUGUCUGGAUGGAAACUUGGUUCUUGCCCGUCAGCACUACUCUACAUGGACCAAGAUAGACCCACUCUCGCAGUCGUUGAUUUCCAGUGUAACGGUAAUGUUACAAAGGUUUACAGAUAUCAUGAUGGUAAGCAGUGGAAAGAUGGUAAUGAGAGCAAUCACAAGAAGAAAUUAGAGCUAUUGAAAGAGAAGUAUAAACCUAAUGAGGAAGCCUCUAUAGAAGCUCUUCUGGACCUGCCAGAGCAUAUUCCAGAACAUCCUCAAGAGUUUGAAGAUGAGGAUGAAGACCCAUCAUUUAAUGACGAUGACGACUGGGAUGGACCUUUAUCUCAAGAACAGGAAGAAGAUGAUGAUCCAGACUUAGAACCAGAACCAGAGAGACGUCCUCGAAAAAGCAGAAACUCGACACGAAGGGAAUCUAACGCAUACAAAUCCCGAGGUUCUAGUGAGAAAUUACCAGAGGAUGAAGACUCAGAACUUAAUGACGGCUUCUGGGAUACUCCUGACGACUACUCUGAAAGGCAAGGUGAUACCCAAGACGAACCAGAUGGACUUGUAAUUGAAGAUGAAGAGGAUGGGGAAGAAGAAGCUGAGGAUGACGAAGUAGAAGAUAUAGGGGAGGAAGAGGAAGAUGAAAAGGAAGAAGUGGAGGAACCCGAAAAUUCUUCUGGCAGUCCACUUGCAGACGUUUUGAAUACAUCUAUGAAGACAAUCAUGUGA